UUCAGACCCAUCUCUCCCCUUUACAGAGUAAACGUCUCACCGCAGUGUAGUGAGUUUAGCUGUACAUUUAGAUGAGUUCUGAUCUGGAAAUACAAUGUUUUAAUUUCAAAGUGAGCACCAAAUUGCUGUUGCUAAUGUCAGAUCUGUGGAUAGGCGAGCCCACUCACUAUACGAAUAAAUGAAGAUCUGUGCAAUGAAGAUAAACAGGUGCUGAUGAGGGACAGAAACAAAUCAUGUGUGGAGUACCAAAAUCCCCGAGCAUGUCUGGUGUUUUGGAGUGACAUCUGUUGACUAAAAGAGGGGAUAGAGAGAGAGGAGAAAGAGAGGAGUGAAAGAGAGGAGGAGGAGGAGGGGAGAGAGAGAAGAGUGAGUGGGUGUGAAAGAGACAGAGAGAGAGAAAGAGGAGAGAGCGAAAUAAUGUGUGCGAAUGAGAGGGGGCGAGUGAAGGGAUAGAGUGAGGAGGAGGAAAAGAGAGACAGAGGGCCAAAAGACUGAGACAGAGAGGAAGAGAGACAGAAAAAGUGAGUGUGUGUGUGUGAGAGAGAGUGUGAUUGGGGGUGGGAGAGGGGAGGUGUGAAAGAGAUAGGAGGAGAGAUUAGAGAGAAGGAGAGAAAGGAAGGGAGUCGGGGGAGAGAGAGAGGAAAGAAGGGAGAGGGAGGAGAGAGGGAGAGAGAGAAAGAGGGAGAGUCAGCAUGAGCGAUGAGGAUGUGAUCAACUGCACCAUCAGCCACGAGAUCCACCAGUAUCUGUUUUCCUGCGUCUACAUCCUGGUCCUUCUGAUUGGCGUUCCUUCAAACCUGUACUCCCUGUAUCACGCGGUGCUGCAGCUGAAGCAGAAGAACGAGCUGGGCGUGUACCUCCUGAACCUCACUGUGUCAGACCUGCUCUACCUCGGCUCUCUGCCCCUGUGGCUCCAGUACAUCUUUCAGGGCGAUGACUGGAGCCACCGUGAGUGGCUGUGUCAGCUCUGUGGGUUCCUCCUCUAUGAAAACAUCUACAUCAGCAUCGGCUUCCUCUGCUGCGUCAGCCUCGACCGCUACCUCGCCGUGGUCCACCCGCUCAGAUUCACAUCCCUGCGGUCCAUGCGCGCCGCCUGGCUCGUCAGCGCCAUCAUCUGGUUGAAGGAGAUCGCUGUGGGCGUCGUGUUCUUCAGACAUAAAGAACUGAGCCGAGACCGAACCAACCAGUCCGUGUGUUUCGAGCACUACCCCAUGCAGCCCUGGGAGUAUCCAAUCAACUAUUAUCGCUUUGUGGUGGGGUUCACCCUCCCGUUGGCCAUCCUGCUGAUCUCGUACCUGUGCGUUCUCCGGGCUGUGGGGCGCAGUGCUGGGACCCUCCCCGAUCAGAAGUCCAGGAUCCGACAGCUCGUCAGUAGCACCAUCCUCAUCUUCCUCGUGUGUUUCUCUCCUUACCACGUGUUCCUGCUUGUGCGCACCCUGCUGGAGAGAGACUGCAACUUCAUCACAGGUAUAUUCAACUAUUACCACAUGUCUCUGCUCCUGACCAGUCUGAACUGCGUGGCGGACCCGGCGUUGUAUUGUUUCGUCAGUGAAAGUGCUCGCCGUGGGAUCUACAAGGCCCUGCUCCACCCCGCUUCCAAACUCCUCUGCUGCUGCCGUCGUUGCGGAAACGCCAGCCCCGGCAACCCCCCGUCCGACUCCCAGGAGGUUGCCACGGACGACCACAACGGGCAUCCCACGGUUACGCUGCUCACCCACACCAGUACGAUGAACAACAGAAAAGUGAAAACGGAUAAUUCCAUAAAACACACGAUUUUAGUCUCGCAAAAUGAUGAGAAAACUUUAAUAUCAUUGACCGAGCAAAGCUGUAAAUAUAUCACAAAUGGAGAAGGGAAAAAUACAGGCUUGGUUUAAAUAAAGUUAAAGGUGCGCUAUGGAACUUUUCUGGUGCUUGUCUCCAUGGAGAUGUCAUUACUUUGUCUGCAUGUUCCACAGUAUGACAUUAAACUUAACAAUUAUGUCUUUAUUCCAUUACUGGUGAUUUUAUUGUUCAGAAAUACCUUGAAAAAUAAGCAUUCUUACUCUAACAGUCACCUCUCCGCAGAUCUGACCUGUAACUUGGCCUUAUGAUGUCAACUAUGACAUGUCUAUUUUGUUUUGAAUGCCUGUCUCUGUCCUUUUGCUGUGAACUGUGCGUUGCAACACUGGAAUUCCCCCAUUGGGAAAAAUCAAGCUAUCUUAUCUGAACUGCUUGUCAAAUAGGUUUAAUGCCAUACUGUGGAACAUUACAUGCAAAUAAAUCAAAUCUCCAUGGACACGAGUAGCUCUGGCAUACCCCAAACAGUAAAGUUACACAGUGCUCCUUUAAGAAGUUAAGAUUAAAGGUCCUAUAUUACACAAUAUUGACUCUUAUUAAAUUGAAGCCAUGUCAUAUUGUUGUUACCUCAUCAAAAAAAAAUAACUGGAGUUGUGUUUUGUUUCAUUCACACAUGAGUAACACUUUAUUAUUACCGUAUUUUUCGGACUACAAGUCGCACUUUUUUUGGUUUUGGGUGUUUCCUGCGACUUAUACACCGGUGCGACUUAAGCAUUAACAUUUUCAGACUGACAGGCGCAAGAGGCUCUAGUCUUGUGUAUCAGUUUUCUGCGCACGUCUCCUGCAGAAAGAGCCGCUGUGCUGCUGCAAGUAGUGAAAUAUGCAGCAGAAAACUGUAAUUAAGCAGCAGAAAGAAAGUUUGGAGUGAACGAGAAACUUGUGAGGGAUUGGCGAAAGGCACGAAUGGAGAACACAGCUUCACAGUAACCGGGAGGGUGCACCAUGUGACUUUCCUGGAGGUCACUGGAUGGACUGACAAAGCCUGAACUUCCACCAACCAACCAAAGUUACACAGAGUUGCUCAGAAGUGACACAGAGGAUGAAGAAUUCAAUGGAUUCAAUGGAUUCAGUGAUUUGGAGUGAGAUGGAGAGUUUGGUAAACUUAUGUUAUGUUGUUUAAGCUCUAGUUAUCUGAAUAAUUGUUAAUAUGUUAUGUUAACAUAUUAACACCUAUUCAGUCUGUUGUUCUCUGUUCUGUUGUUAUUACUAUAACUUGCCUUUCAAGAUAAAAUGUCGGUUCCUGGUCCCUGAUUUCAUAAAAUAAAUUUCCCCCAUAAAGUGGAAGUUAUAGUCCGGUGCGACUUAUAUGUUUUUUAAUUCUUCAUUAAGCAUUUUUUGGCUGGUGCGACUUACACUCUGGAGCGACUUAUUGUCCGAAAAAUACGGUAGUUAAUCUACACCUCCACAGCUCAAAAUGCUCUGUUCCACCUUGUGAUGUCAUGAAGCGGUAGUUUCCAAGUUAACAGCUUCUUUUUACCUUUAGUCAUUAGAGAUUAGCAAUGAAACAAAACACAACUCCAGGUACGUUUUUGAGGAGGAAACAUUCUAAAAGAUCAUGACAUAGAGUAAUAUGGGCCCUUUAAGUAAGACAUUAUUUGAAAUGUGUUCUCUAUUUAAAUCUUCAACUUGAGUCAGGAUCUUGGUCAGGACUAUAUAAGCUGGAAAAUGUGCCUAUUGUGCAUGUUUUUCAUUGACGGGAGACCUGGAGCAUCCUAGGAAAACCAACCUGGACACACGGAGAACAUGCAACUUCCACACAGAAAGACCAUCUCAUAGUCCAGCCCCAGGAUCCUCUUGCUGUGAGGAGACAAUGCUAACCACUCUGCCACUGCACAAUACUUAAGCUUAUGAAAAUGAACAAUGUUGUACUAUGAACAGCUUUCAAGAUGUUGGAACAAUUUUGACGACUUUUUUCCCAUUCAAAGGAUAUAAUAUUUUGGUUUAAAUCGUGAAUCGUUAUGGCAACGUUCCUCAUUUUCUAUCAUUCCGAAAACCACGGAUGGGACAUUAACAAACAUCAAAUAUAUUACGACUGGAGAAGAAAAAAACACAUGCAUGGUUUGAAUGGACAACUUCAUCUGACCAUCGUUUUCAAUCUUCCAGCUGCUACAUCGCUUCUUUGGGAUUGCCCAUCGAUGCAUGUUGGCAGGAUUUAACGCCAGAUGCCCUUCCAUUUGCAACCAGAACACGCGCUGUGAUUAGAGUGGACGAUGUGCGCGAAGUGUCUUGCCGAAGGACGCAACGGCAGCAUGUAUAUUUGAUCGAUGUUCGGACCAGACACUCCAGUGGAUCAAACUCUAUGGCAGCUUAUGCACUCAGCUGUAUGGGGUUGUAUGAACGGUGUUAUGAGUUUACAUCAAAAUACACACACAGGCCUGUAAAGUUACUCAAAUUAUUCAAAUGUUUUUAAUUAACUUUAAAAAAUUUAUGAACACACACAGAUAAAGUACAUAAGCUGGUACUAUCAAAUGACAAAAGAGUGAGGCAAAGAAUUUAAAGGUACAGUUUGGAGAUAGUAAGUCAAACCACAAUUCCAUGGAAAUAAAAUUAAACUAUACUUUUCCAAGGAGACAGAUAUGGAGUUAGAUAUGUUUUAUGCCAUGCUGAGGAAUAUUAUAGCCAAAGGAACAAAUUACCAUGGAUACAAGCAAAGCAGGCCUUCCUCCAGGGAAAAUAAGAGUCAGGUUUGUGGAGAUGCAAGCCCACUCACAGCCCAGAGUGCAAUAAACGCAACCAACAUGAAAAAAUAUUUUAGUUAAAGCUAAAAAAUGCCAUACUAUGGCCUUUAAAACUAAAGAAUUAGUCUGGGAUUGGUCAUAUUGAUCAGUUUUGUAGUUAAAACAAAACAUUAAAUAUCAUAUUGGACAUCAGAUACAAUGGGCUAACUAAAAUAAUCACUCAAAUAAGUAAUAAAAUAAGUAAAUAAAAAUAAGUACAUAAAUACAGUUAGUCACUAUAAUAAAACUAAUUACAAGGAGUAAACAUUAAAAUACACUUGAUUCAGGCAUAAAGUAAAGAAGGAUCAGCUGCCAGUUCUUAGUGUUGAAGUGACUCCAUUUGAGUCUGUAUCAUAAUCAUGGUUUUCUACUGAGCCUGCCGUGUUACAAAAGACAGGAAAUGCCUCCAAAAGUUAAAUAAAGGUUUAUAAAAGGUAAAUCAUUCUUGUAAUGACCCCUCAGUGUUUAAAGUGCAGGGUUCAGCAGUUUACUCGUGUUUGUAAACUUUAACAGAGGCUCUUAAAAAGUGGAGUGUUGCAAUAGUAAAGCUACUGUGCUCUGAAAUGAACUUGAAGCACGGAGAGGAGGGCGGUUACUCACUGCAAACCAGGUUCUGUGAGUGGAGCAGAGGUGGGGAGUAGCCAAAAAUUGUUUUCAAGUAUGAGAAACAUUACUUCAAAAUAAUAUUACUCAAGUAGAAGUAUAAAGUUGUGAGUAUUUAAUGCUCAAGUCCAGAGUAAAACAUAUGUGGAAAAACAGUGCCGAUACUGAACAUUUUGAUGAACUUAUAUUGUAGUUCAUAGUGCAAUAUAUUAAUCAGUCAAUUCAAUGAUGUUUGCAUUUUAAGUAAUGGACAAAUCUUCAAACAUGGGUGAGUUCACAUUUCAGAAUAUCUGAAUUUGAAACUGAACUAACCUAGGACUCAAGCAGAAGUAGAACAGGAUCAAACCAAGUCUAUAUCGGGACUAAACUAGGAGCCUUUUCACAAUGACUGAACAUUUUGAUGAAUCGGAUAUCAUUCCCAAGAUCCUGGUUUAGCUGAUAUCUUAGGGAAAAGCAAUACUCAAGUAAGACUAACUUAAAAAGUAACUGUCAUAACAUCUGAUUUAUGUUUUGAAGUAAAUGUCAUUGGAAGGAUGAAACAUUAAAAUAAUGCACAAAGUCUGGUAUUUUCAAAGAACAGACACACACAUUUGAAAAAUUAAACCAUAUGUGAUGGAGCGGUGCAAAAAACCCCAAAAUUCAAAUCAUUUCAUUAUUGUCACAUAAAGCUUUUGUCACUUUCUUACUCACUUACUCACAGUGGGAAGAGUCACCAAAACUUUUACUCAAGUAAUGAGUAAUACAAAUAUUACUAUUAUUAUUAGAAAAGGACUCUGAAAAGUACAAUUCUUUAUUAAGUUACUCAAGUAAAUGUACCUGAGAACUACCCACCUCCUCCACACAGAACUGAAAUAACAUGGGAAUAAAUUGAAAUGAAAUUUAGUUAAAAUUUCUUUUAUAAAUAUGACCAAAUUUUGAACUGUUGAAGCCAUUUUUUCUACAAUUAGCAUAAAGAAGACUGGAAUAUUAUGCAGGCCUGUUUGUAUUUUUUAAGUAGUGAAUUUGUUAACAAUGCAGAAGAGUGAUUUUUGACCAAUUUGACAUCUGAAUUUGCAGUAUUUAUUAAGCACUUGAUUUACUUCAGUAUUCAAAUUAAAUGUGCAUUGUGUAACUUUUCUGGAUUUUCUACAUAGAGAUGUUAUUGCUUUGUCUGAAAUGUUUCACAGUAUGGUAUUAAACCUUUGUAUCUUCAUGGAGAUCAAACUAGACCAAGUUACAGGUCAGAUCUGUGGAGAGGCAACCCCGCUCACAGUCAUAAUGCCUGUUUUUCUAGGUAUUUUUAAGCUAUAAAACCACUUAUAAAUGAAUAAAUGUAAAGUAGUGGUGUUUAAUGUCAUACUGUGGAACAUUUCAGGCAAAGCAGAAACAAACAAGUGAUGGACCCCCAACCAAAAAGUUACAUUAUAGUGCACCUUUAAAGUAUCAGUAUUAACUUAUAUUAUUAGUGCAAUAUAUUAAUCAGUCAAUUCAAUGGUGUUUGCUUUUUAAAGGGACAGUUUGGAAUUUUGGACAUAGGACCUCAUUUCCUAGUGAGUCAGAGUGUUGGAGACGUGUGGAGACACUUUUAAAUAUUCCAUCCAGUCCUUGUAUUUGCA